GAUGAAAAUCUGGAAGGCUGAGAAACGUCAACCGGAACUCUGGAGUCAGACUCACAAAAUAGCUUUUUUCAUACCACUAGAGUUUAUAGAGUUGUUUCAAUGGGUAGUAAUAUUUUUGAAUCAAAAGAAAAGGGAAUGAGGGGUUUUGCACGUUGAAAUGCAACGUGUCCAUAGUCUUCUUUUACCAUGCCUAUCUCUUCGCAAAACGUGUCUUACCUUGGACUUUGUUUUCAUGAUUUGUGUCACGCAAAUCUGAAGAAGCGCAUAGAUGAAAAUUUACACAUUAAAUUUUCAGAGGAAAAUGGCGUCCGAGCAACACCAGAGAAUUCAUGAUCAUGACGAUGAUAGUGAAAAGUCCGAAGUCUCGUCAAUUUAUAUGGAAACUGCCGCUCCUUCAUCUUCUUCUCCUUCUUCAUCAUCAGGGUUUUCUGACAAUAACUUUAUCCAACAAAACAUCAUGUCUUCGGAGGAUUCAGUGUUGCAAACACCUGGGUCAGACAGUAGUCAUAUUAUUCAAGCGGAGAAAGAUAAAGAGAAGAUUAAAUGGUUGAGAGAAUUUGCCGAAGUACAAGAUGAUGGAACAGUUGAACUUAAAGUUCAAGAUGAAAAUAUCAAAUCCCAGACCCUUGCUUUUGUUACUGGAGUUGUUCGCAGUGAAGCAACUAAUGAAGUUAGUGUUGAUGCAUCAGAGAACCAAGAUAUACCUCCGUUGCAAAUAGUGGUUCUUAUAGUUGGGACAAGGGGAGAUGUCCAGCCUUUUGUUGCCAUUGGAAAACGCUUGCAGGAUUAUGGUCAUCGGGUGAGACUAGCUACUCAUGCUAAUUUUAAAGAUUUUGUUUUAUCGUCUGGGUUGGAAUUUUUCCCUCUUGGAGGAGAUCCAAAAGUCCUUGCCGGAUAUAUGGUGAAAAAUAAAGGGUUCUUACCUUCAGGACCUUCAGAAGUAAAUAUCCAGCGCAAUCAAAUAAAGGCUAUAAUAUUCUCUUUACUUCCUGCAUGCACAGAGCCUGAUCCAGAGUCUCAAGUUCCAUUCAAUGUGGAUGCUAUAAUUGCCAACCCUCCUGCUUACGGACAUGUACAUGUCGCAGAAGCACUCAGGGUACCAAUCCAUAUAUAUUUCACAAUGCCAUGGACCCCUACAAGUGAAUUUCCGCAUCCACUUUCUCGUGUUAGACAACCAGUUGGAUAUCGUAUAUCAUAUCAAGUUGUUGAUUCACUAAUUGAAUUGGGGAUGCGCGAUAUGAUAAAUGAUUUUAGAAAGAAAAAGUUGAAGCUAAGGCCUGUGUCUUAUUUAGGUGGUUACAAUGAUCCUCAAGGUGUUCCUCAUGGAUAUAUUUGGAGUCCUCAUCUUGUUCCUAAGCCUAGGGAUUGGGGGCCUAAGAUUGAUGUGGUAGGUUUUUGCUUCCUAGACCUUGCAUCUACUUAUAUACCUCAAGAUUCACUCGUGAAAUGGCUUGAAGCUGGGAGCAUGCCUAUCUACAUUGGAUUUGGUAGCCUUCCUAUUCAAGACCCAGAAGGAAUGACUGAAAUAAUUGUUCAAGCCCUGAAAAUGACGGGACAAAGGGGUAUUAUUAAUAAAGGCUGGGGUGGCCUUGGAAACUUGGUUGAACCAAUGGACUUUGUGUAUCUAUUGGAUAACUGCCCUCAUGAUUGGUUAUUCUUGAAAUGUGCUGCUGUGGUACAUCAUGGAGGUGCUGGAACGACUGCUGCUGGCCUCAAGGCUGCGUGUCCAACAACUGUAGUACCCUUUUUCGGAGACCAGCCCUUUUGGGGAGAGCGGGUCCAUGAAAGGGGAGUAGGGCCAGCACCAAUUCCAGUUGAUGAAUUUUCACUUGAGAAGUUGGUAGCUGCCAUUAAAUUUAUGCUUGAGCCCGAGGUUAAAAAUCGUGCACUUGAACUAGCCAAGGAUAUGGAGAAGGAAGAUGGAGUCACUGGGGCAGUUAAUGCUUUUCAUAAACAUUAUCCUGCUAAUAAGUUGGUCGCUCAACCGCCUAUUCUUUUGCGUAAAAAGUCCAGCAAAUUCUCAGUGAAACAGUGUUUUGGUUACCGUUCUCGAUCUACACAUAAACGUGAUCUCGGUUCUUAGGUUGUUGAAACGCAACCUCUGGAGGUCAGGUAGUUAAACGAUACUUUAUCCUUGUAACCUCUCUAAAUAAUGUUCCUGAUGUGACGGUCAGCACCCAGCAGCGCUGGACCAAAAAUUGUUUUACUAGUACCAAGGGUGAAUGUCUAGCCUGCAAAAGAGCAAUAUCCUUGUAUAUAUCCAGCUGUAUGGAUGAAAACAUGGUAGAAGGAUGCUUGCCCGGUCCGAGGUUGGAAUGAGGAGAGUGCUUCCUUACUUUACCGCAAUUUGAAUGUACAUAUUGAACUAUUAAAAAUACUAGCCUUUAAACCGUGCGAAGCACAGACGGUUAUAUAGUUCGUAAUUUAUUAUUUUCAUAUUU